UGUGUCACAAGUGUUUUGACAGCUGCUGGUCUUCGCUCUCUUUCCUUUUCUGUCGGUUGGGUUUGGUACAUUGGCCAUAGCUUAUUGGCGACCGCCGAUUUCUGUUUAGUAGUCUACUUUAGUUGUGGUCUACUGCUGUACAUAACGGCUGCCCUUCCGUUAGGAUCACGUAUUCGUAUUACCUGUCAUAGUUUCUGUCUAGUAGUAUACUAGUAUGUGAAGCGGUUUUUAAUUUUUAUUUUUCGCACUACGAUUAUUUUCCUCAAAUUUUUUAUUUUUUUAAUAAUACCAAUCGUUUGAAAACAAUACAUCGCUUUACGAUGAAUCGCCCGAAUUAUAACCAGAACUACAAAUUGGUAGUCGUUGGAGGCGGUGGUGUUGGGAAAUCUGCAAUCACCAUACAAUUUAUACAGAAAUAUUUUGUGACUGAUUAUGAUCCAACAAUUGAAGAUUCAUACACAAAACAAUGUGUAGUUGAUGAUGUUCCAGCAAAAUUAGAUAUUUUGGAUACUGCUGGACAAGAAGAAUUUAGUGCCAUGAGAGAACAAUAUAUGAGAUCAGGUGAAGGGUUUUUGUUAGUGUUUUCUGUAGCAGAUAAAACUAGUUUCAAUGAGAUGGAAAAAUUUCAUAGACAAAUACUUAGAGUUAAAGAUAGGGAUGAAUUUCCAAUGCUGAUGGUGGGAAACAAGGCAGAUUUAAGUAGUCAAAGAAUGGUUUCCAUACAAGAUGCACAAAAUAUGGCCAUGCAACUGAAAAUACCUUAUAUAGAAUGCAGUGCAAAAGCAGGGAUGAAUAUUGACCAAUCAUUCCAUGAACUUGUUCGAAUUGUAAGAAGGUUUCAACUAUCUGAAAGACCGCCAAUCAAAACUACACCACAGAAAAGUUCAAAAAAGUGUUCCAUACUUUAGCAGUUAUACUGUUUAAUCUAAUAUUAUGUUGUUAUGUUUACAUACCAGCCCGCACUAAACUAAUUUGUUGUGUUCCCAAUUAUUGUCAAUUUUAACCAUACACAUUUAAACAAAUUUUUUUCACAGUAUUAAAUAUUAAUAUCUAGUCGUACAUUAAUUGUACAUUUGAACAAAUUUGUUGACAUAUAAUUAACAUAAUUUAGGGUAUUACAAUUUUUUUUUUUUUUUUUGUUAAUACUUAACAUAGUCUUAAGCAACCAAUAGUAUAGUAAAUACAUUUUUAUAACAAAAACCUUUUUUGUUUAUAAACAGUUUAAUUGUUUUCUUAAAUAAUGCAAACUUAAUACUUAUUAAC